AUGCGUUGAGGAAGAAGCAUAUUAGCUCAGCUCUUGAGUCUCUAUCUCAUAGCUGUAGCGUUGAACGCUUCUUGGUGUCUAUCUCUGAGCGUGUUUACUUGAAACGGUUGCCUUACACAGCCGUUCACACGUUAUAGUGCUCCGAAGUGUAAGGGUAGGGCCUGCCAAACCUAUUAUAAAGGCAUUCGGGGGACGAACUCGCACGGACGCAAAUGCAGUUGCUCUGUAACAGUGCAGCAUGUCCACAAGAGAUUUGCGUUGCUAUCGAGGAAGCAAGCUGCCUGAGCGAUGCAUUUGAGACAUGUAGACCACUGGCUUACCACAGUGACUGCUAUGUGUCAGUCGCAAGGUGUAAACGCAACGGAACUCAACUGGUUUUGAAAGCGUAUCUUCGUGACCAGCUGAGCCCAGGAGCACGACAACAGGUACAAACUGAAAUCGACAUCCACUCCAGCUUGCAACACCCAAACAUUGUGCAAUUUUUAGCGGCUUUUGAGGACUAUGCCCGUGUAUACCUACUGCUGGAGUACGCGGCAGGGGGCGAUCUCAGAAAGCAUUUGCAGGGGCUAUCAGAAAGCAGAAUCCGGGACUUUUUCAUCGCACCGGUGCUGCAAGCGCUGAAUGUUUUGCACAACAAGGGCUUCUCCCAUCGGGAUCUCAAGCCGGAAAACUGCCUCGUGAGCGGCUCUGAAACCGUCAAACUUGCUGAUUUUGGCCUAGCGCAACCGACCCACCUCCCCGAGGACGCGUGUGCCACGGAUACCGAUAGUUGUGGUGUCAGUAUGGGCUGCACAAGUGGCGGCUGCAGGUCAAUGGAUAGCGAAUGCAGCAGCAGCGGCAGGACGCCCGCCGUAAUUUGUACGGCGGGCGGGACCCCACUGUACGCGGCGCCGGAAGUGCUACGUGCCAUGUUCCGAAACCACGGCAUGCAGUCGGCGGUUGGGCCCAAGAACGACGUAUGGGCUCUGGGCGUGAUGGCGCUGGAGGCCGUGACUGGGUGUCACCCCUUCAGCCCCGACCACUACCAUUACGAAAACGUGCUGUACAGCAUCGCCCACUGCAACAAGGUCAAUCUGCCCAGCAAUCUCAGCCCUGAGUUUACAGAUUGGUUGGAACAGGCCCUCAACCGGGAUCCCUCCCAGCGCGCGAGUGUGGCGGAGCUGCUGGCCCAUCCAUGGCUGUCCAAACGGUACACCCCGGAGGAAGAGUCCAUGUCUUCCCGCUGCGACUCAAAGUCCAUUGCCUGGGGCCCCGUCUUCCACUUCCUUGACUGCCAGAGACUCUGCUCCCAGUCCCAGUCCUGGCUAUGGGGCUCUGCUGCUAAAGCCCUCUCAAGGAUCCGGAGGCUCCCCGAGCCUGUGCGUGUCUCCCUAGCCCGCGUCAACAGCAUCGCCCGCCUGCGCCUUAGGGACUUGCCUCUGCCGCAGAAGCCCGCUGUCGCCACUGCUGCGGCUCCGGCGGCGCUAUCCGCUGGUUGA